CCCUGCCGCACCCUGCACGCCCUCCCGCACCCUGCACGCCCUCCCGCACCCUGCACGCCCUGCGCCCCCUGCACGCCCUGCCUCACCCUGCACGCCCUCCGCACCCUGCACGCCCUGCCGCACCCUGCACGCCCUGCCUCACCCUGCACGCCCUCCCGCACCCUGCACGCCCUGCCGCACCCUGCACGCCCUCCGCACCCUGCACGCCCUCCUGCCCUCCCGCACCCUGCACGCCCUCCCGCACCCUGCACGCCCUCCCGCACCCUGCACGCCCUGCCGCACCUGCACGCCCCCGCACCCGCACGCCCUGCCCUACCCUGCACGCCCUCCCGCACCCUGCACGCCCUCCCGCACCCUGCACGCCCUCCCGCACCCUGCACGCCCUGCCGCACCUUGCACGCCCUGCCGCACCACUGCACGCCCUCCCGCACCCUGCACGCCCUCCCGCACCCUGCACGCCCUACCGCACCCUGCACGCCCUCCCGCACCCUGCACGCCCUGCCGCACCCGGCACGCCCUGCCGCACCCCUGCACGCCCUCCCGCACCCUGCACGCCCCUCCCGCACCCUGCACGCCUCCCGCACCCUGCACGCCUCCCGCACCCUGCACGCCCUGCCGCAACCUGCACGCCCUGCCGCACCCUGCACGCCCUCCCGCACCCUGCACGCCCUCCCGCACCCUGCACGCCCUGCCGCACCCUGCACGCCCUCCCGCACCCUGCACGCCCUGCCGCACCCUCGCACCCCCCGCCGCACCCUGCACGCCCUGCCGCACCCGCACGCCCUGCCGCACCCUGCACGCCCCCCGCACCUGCACGCCCUGCCGCACCGCACCGCCCUCCCGCACCCUGCACGCCCUGCCGCACCCUGCACGCCCUGCCGCACCCUGCACGCCCUCCCGACACCCUGCACGCCCUCCCGCCGCACCCUGCACGCCCUCCCGCCACCUGCACGCCUCCCGCACCCUGCACGCCCUCCCGCACCCUGCACGCCCUCCCGCACCCUGCACGCCCCUCCCGCACCCUGCACGCCCUCCCGCACCCUGCAACGCCCUCCCGCACCCUGCACGCCCCCUCCCGCACCCUGCACGCCCUCCCGCACCCUGCAACGCCCUGCCGCACCCUGCACGCCCUCCCGCACCCUGCACGGCCUCCCGCACCCUGCUGCCGCCCUGCCGCACCCUGCUCACGCCUCCCGCACCUGCACGCCCUCCCGCACCCUGCACGCCCUCCCGCACCCUGCACGCCCUCCCGCACCCUGCACGCCCUCCCGCAACCUGCACGCCUCCCCGCACCCUGCACGCCCCUCCCCACCCUGCGCCGCCUCCCGCACCCUGCACGCCCUCUCCGCACCCUGCACGCCCUCCCGCACCCUGCACGCCCUCCCGCACCUGCACGCCCUCCCGCAACCUGCACGCCCUCCCGCAACCUGCCUCCCGCAACCUGCACGCCCUCCCGCACCCUGCACGCCCUCCCGCACCCUGCACGCCCUCCCGCACCCUGCACGCCCUCCGCACCCUGCACGCCCUGCCGCACCUGCACGCCCUCCGCACCCUGCACGCCCUGCCGCACCUGCACGCCCUGCCGCACCCUGCACGCCCUGCCGCACCCUGCACGCCCUGCCGCACCCUGCACGCCCUCCCGCACCCUGCACGCCCUCCCGCACCCUGCACGCCCUCCCGCCACCCUGCACGCCUCCCGCCUGCACGCCCUGCCGCACCUGCACGCCCUCCCGCACCCUGCACGCCUCCCGCACCCUGCACGCCCUCCCGCACCCUGCACGCCCUCCCGCACCCUGGGGGGAACGAUAGACAGUGCUGGAAAGAUAGACAAGUGCUGGAAAGAUAGACAGUGCUGGAAAGAUAGACAGUGCUGGAAAAGAUAG